AUGGUUGGUGAUUUUUUGAACGUACUUGCUAUUAUUGUGAAUUUGGUUGGUGCAUCAUAUAAGCGUGUAGAUGCUCUUCGAACAAGUUAUCAAGCUAAUAUUCUGGAGAAGCUUAAUACUGGGGAACUUACUGGUGGAAGUGGUCAGUUUCAAGAAAUGAGUUUGGCACGCCUAGGUGAUACUAGGUGGGGUUCACAUUUAUUGACAAUUACUCGUUUCAUUAAUAUGUUUAGUGCUAUUAUAGAUGUUCUUGAGAAUAUAUCAAAAGAUGGCAUACAUUCAGAUAAAAAGUCUUCGGCCUUAAGAGAGAUGAACAAUAUGCAAGAUUUUGAGUUUGCGUUCAAUCUUCACUUUAUAUUUGAAAUUCUUGCAAUUACAGACGACUUUUCACAAGCCUUACAGAAAAAGGAUCAGGAUAUUCAAAAUGCUAUGAAGUUAUCGAAUUUGUGUAAGUGUGCAUUGCAGAACUUGAGAGAGAAUGGCUGGGAUACUUUGUUUAGUAGGGUGAUUGAGUUUUGUGUUGAUAGACAUAUUUUAGUGCCUAAUAUAGAGGAUAUUGUACUAGUGAAAGGUCGACCUAGGCGUGUAGCUCAGCAGUUGAAUGAUCGAUUUUCAGGAACAACUACUAAGCUCUUUACUUGCAUUUCAUGUUUAAGUGCAAGAGAUUCAUUUGCAACUUUUGACAAGGAUAAAUUGCUACGUCUUGCUCGGUUCUAUCCUUUGGACUUCAAUAGUGAAGAACAUUUAUUACUUAGACCUCAACUUGAUAAGUUUCUUUUGCUUGUGAAAAUGGAUGAAACUUUCUUUAAUCUCAAUAGUAUAUCAUGUGUAGCUCAGAAGUUGAUUGAAACUAGAAGUUCCUGUCAUUUUUCAUUGGUUUAUAGGCUGCUCACCUUGGCUUUGAUAUUACCUGUGGCAACUAGUGAUUUGCGCAACAAAAUGGGAGAUGACUGGUUGAAUGACAAUUUGGUGGUUUAA